AUGUGGGAACCAGUGGCUAUCCCCUUUCAGAAUUCCCAGGCUGUGCCUACUCUGCCUACAGUCGAUGAAAUCCGCGCCUGCACCAAUGUACUCACAGAACCCUUGGGCCUGAAGGUGGUGGCGGUGAACGACGAAGUUGUGGUGAAAUAUGGCUAUCGUGCACACGACUAUGAAGGCCAGGCCUUGGUUUAUCUUGAACGGCACGUUCCCGAAGUUCCGGCCUCGCGACUCUACGCCAUGUACUACGAUGCCGGAGAAUUUUUCUUAGUGAUGCAACGCAUUCCUGGCGUGCAGAUGGACUUGAUUUGGCCUCAUUAA